AUGAUCCAUAAGGCAUAUACCGAUUCGCUUUCUGUCUUAGUGAAUUAUGCUAGGUCAGCGCAGGAGGCUGAAGACGUUUCUAAACAGAUUGAAGCAUUUGGUGGCCAGGCUAUUACUUUCGGGGGUGAUGUCUCGAAAGUGGCUGAUGUGGACGCCAUGAUGAAAACCGCGAUUGAUGCAUGGGGAACUACUGAUGUCGUUGUUAACAAUGCAGGAAUUACUCGGGAUACCUUGUUGAUACGAAUGAAGAAGUCCCAAUGGGAUGAAGUGAUUGAUUUGAAUCUCACUGGAGUAUUCCUAUGCAACCAUGCAGCAACAAAGAUCAUGAUGAAGAAGAGAAAGGGAAGAAUCAUCAACAUAGCGUCAGUUGUUGGUCUCAUUGGUAAUAUUGGCCAAGCAAACUACGCUGCUGCUAAAGCUGGAGUUAUUGGCUUCUCCAAGACUGCUGCCAGAGAGGGUGCUAGCAGGAACAUAAAUGUCAAUGUGGUUUGUCCUGGAUUCAUUGCAUCUGACAUGACUGCCAAGCUUGGAGAAGACAUGGAAAAGAAAAUAUUGGGAACAAUCCCAUUAGGACGGUAUGGACAACCGGAAGAUGUGGCUGGCUUGGUAGAAUUCUUGGCUCUCAGUCCUGCAGCCGGUUACAUCACCGGACAGGCAUUCACCAUCGAUGGAGGUAUUGCCAUCUAG